AUGACUCACCUCCCAAAGAGUCACUAUAUAUUAAAUUUGAACAGUAGCUCCUUUCAACCACCCUUCUUCCUCCUGACAGGUAUCCCAGGAUUUGAGGCAGCACACAUCUGGAUCGCUAUCCCUCUGUGCAUCAUGUACACAAUUGCCCUACUUGGAAACUGUAUCAUUCUAUUCAUCAUUAAGACUACUUCCAGUCUUCAUGAACCUCAAUAUAUCUUCUUGUCCAUUCUGGCAGCUACAGAUAUUGGCCUGUCUAUAUCCACAUUGCCAACAGUGCUUAAUAUCUUCCUUCUCAACCAUCGGGAAAUAGAGUUCCACAGCUGCCUGGCACAGAUGUUUUUCAUCCAUAUGUUUUCCUCCAUGGAGUCUGCCAUCCUAUUGGCUAUGGCCUUUGAUCGUUUUGUGGCUAUCCGAAACCCAUUACACUAUACCAUGAUCCUUACCCAUCCUCAAAUCAUAGGGAUGGGGAUAGUGGCUGUAUUGAGGGGAGUGGCACUGAUGGCACCCUUGCCUAUCUUGCUCAAAAGAUUACCUUUCUGCAAAAACAUAAUACUCUCCCAUGGUUAUUGCUACCAUCCUGAUGUCAUGAAGCUGGCCUGUGGACCAGUCAGGGUCAACAUAAUCUAUGGGUUGGUUCUUGUUCUUUGUUCUUUUGGUGUUGACUCUGUGCUCAUUGUUGUCUCCUAUGUCCUUAUUCUGAAGACAGUUGUGAGCAUUGCUUCAAGUGAGGGACGCCUAAAGGCUCUCAAUACUUGCAUCUCACACAUAGUCACAGUUGUUAUCUUCUAUGUGCCACUUAUUAUUCUGGCCCUAAUUCACCGAUUUGGUACAUUCACUUCACCUCUCUUUCAUGUCACUAUGGCCAAUCUUUUCCUCUUCCUAACCCCAGUCCUGAAUCCAUUGGUCUAUAGCUUUAAAACCAAACAUAUUCGCUUUGCCUUACAGAAAGCAUUCAUGAGAAGGAUCAUUUGA